AUGCGGUGGCCGGUGGUGCUCUCGCGCGUCCGGGUGGUGUGGGCAGGGGUGGGGGGGUCACAUGGUAUCCUCCGGACAGGUCAAAUUGUGCGUCAGUCACCACACUAUGCUGGCCGCGGGACCGGCGGGAAGCGCCGGCGGCCGCGGAAUGUACACCGUGGCCGAACACAGGUCCAUCGCUCUCUGCACGGGCAGACGGUGACAAGCGAACAAGGACAGGCUGCGGCGUGUAGCCAGGUAGUCCCGGACAUGGAGAUGUCAACCAACGUGGGGAGGAAAGAGCGCCACUGGAGCUGUUGGCACAGCAGACAUAAGAAGCUAAAUCAAGCGCCGAGUGCCUCGAUCGCGUGUGGUGGGAGUAAUGCGGGGUUUAUAAUAAGAAGAUAA